AUGAAGUAUCCUGGAACCAUGAGUACAUUCAAUCCAAUGCAAAGGCCCGAUGAAAGCUUUCAAGACAGCGCGAUGAACACUGAGCCCCCUGAAGAUAUGAGACUUUCUGGGCAAUUCGCGAUGCCGACCCCUCCCGUGGCACCUUUGUACCCGUCAGGAACCUUGAGCCCCACCACUCAAGCAGACCAUUUUCUACCUCACCAACAGAAUUAUCCCAUGCAGAAUGGAUUUGAUCAUGGAUUUCCACCAGUUCAGCAGUCACAGCCGCUUCAGAGGGGUUCUUUGCCUGGUCGUGGUAGAAAUACUAGCAACGCUUCCCGCAACGAUCGUUUUGAUUCGAACGAUGGCCGAUGGUCUCACCAACACCAUGAGAAUAACAACGGUGGGAAUGCUGGAUCGAGUCGCGGAGGUUUCCAUCGCGGAGGAAAUCGCAAAAGCCGCCGCGGUGGCCACAACCAGCGAAACGCAACUGCGCCUAUUGCGCAACCUCAUACCGGCUCUGAUUUCAACCAGAAGAGGCGCGAGGGGGCACCAUGGAAGGAUUCAUGGCGUCGGGAUGCAGUUACUUGCCAGAACGUUCAGGAUGGGUUUACGAUCAAAGAUUAUGUACCUUGCUCUUGUCCGAUCUGCGAUUCUCGUGACCGCUCUGUACACAUCAUUGUCCAAGGCUAUCAAGGAAUCACUGUUCCAGACAUACUCGCACGACUCAAGUUUGGCCUGGCUGAGAGAUAUGGACAUGUAGACGAGGUGUUCCCGAUCGCCUCGAAAGAACCAGGACGUUUUAUCGCCCGGUUUGCAAACUCCUCGUCAGUUGGUGAAGCACUGACUAUUGGCGGCGGCAACAUGCCUGAGCAAGGCAUAUCUGUUACAUUCUCCGCUGCGAUGCGAUCAAAAUGGACACUCUUGGAGAAAGCACCCACUCGACCACUACCAGGCCAAGUUUCUGGUCAGAACUCCGCCGCUCCGCCAUUCUCUCCUUAUCCUUUCGGCCUAUCGAUGCCGGGCAAUGUGCCGAGUACUGCCGCAGUCCCUCACAUGAUGCCAGGCAUCCUUCAUCCGGCUGUAGUCAAUCCCGGACAAGCACAUAACAGUCAUUACUGGCAACCCAAUGGAGGGCAGCGUUCUGUAUCUGGGUUUGUACAACCUCCAGCCUCUGGUAUUCCAUUUGCAACUGUGCAGUCCGGACCCGGCAUACAGGCACACCUUGCUGGACAGGUGACUCUGGAUCCAAGACAAAUUGUCCCUCCUUCCAUCCAUCAGGCACAGGAAAACGCAUCCCCUCCUGCGGUAUUGCAGACUAAACCUCCGUCUGAAGAAGCUUUGGAUGAAAUCCAUCACCUUGAUCAAGAUGUUCAGAGUAGUCCGCGAAGUGACAUAAGCAAGUAUACUGGGAUCAAAGCUCGUGUUUCCUUGCCCGGCACCCCUUCGAAAGCUUCCCUUCCUUCCCAAGGGACCCCAACGAAGCCAAACGAAACAGUAGAAGGACUUGCGGGUAUUGAUACGACAGCACAUCACCAAAAUAAGAUGACCAUUAAGGCGCCUGAAAGCCAGGCAGAAACAAAGAUUACAUCCAGUCAUCAAGCUGAACAACUGUCUGAACCAAAUGGUGGCAAGAGCAGUCACAGUCGUGUGCCAAGCUUAUUUUCUGAGAAUGAGAAAAAAGAGAGGCGACGAGCAUGGGCUAAAAUUCCUAUGCCUCUGACUCUCCGUGGGCCUCGCUCAGUUACUCAAAAGAACUCCAUCAGCAUCACCACCGAGCGUGGCAGCAACUCUGGGGUUGAAAAGAGGGACAAUCGCCUACCUAAUGCUACACAGCCGGAGUUGCCAAUCUCAGGACAGACUGAAACCUCUGCUCCAAGCAUCAGCGAUAUGUACGAGCCAUCUAUGUCCGAGAAUCCCGAGUCUAGGUUUCCGUUACCGCCAGCGCCAAAAAGCUCUUCUGCUGCCCACUCCACCAGGUCAACAAACGAAGAUGCUACAGAACCGCAGGGUACCACUCUAGAUGAAGUACAGCCAUCUGAGAUGCCUGUAGCCUCUCCCGUGACCGAAAAUGUCAUAUCCAAAGUUGAACAAACAUUUGAGCAAGAGCAUACUUCAGGCACGCUACCAAGAGGCAAAGGAAAGAAUGCGAAGAAGGCCAAGAAAAAGAAAGCGAAGAACAUGGCACCCACUAGCAACGAAUCCAAUCACGCCUUUCAACAAAACGAGCCGCCGUCUUCUCCUCGCUCCAGCAACAUGGCGCCUCAGCACAUGCAUGGUAGCAGUGGAGGAGGGAUGGGAUCUGAUACACACCAUGGAGGUCUUAUCGGAAGUCUGGAAUCGGGUUCAUCCUCGCCUGUCAAGCGACACCACAAUGAACCUGAGCAGCCUUCUGCAUCUGGAUCUGCUAAGCGAAGUAAGAAGCAAGGGAAUAAGUACGAAAUAGCUCAGCACCAGCACCAGCCUCAGCCUCAAACCCAACCUCCAUUUGACGAAUCAGAUUCGCCGGAUGAGGACGAACGCGGCCGUCGUGGAUUUAGAAUGGGUAGAGGAGGUUCACUUCGCUUUGGCAAGCAACGUCGACCUCGCCCUAUGAUUGCUAGCUCAAUGCUUGCAGGAGAACAGUUCGAUGCUCAAGCGCCACCUCCUUCGACCGAUUUUUCUUUCCAAUGCCAGAGCCUCCCCGAAUCUGAUAACUCGUUAUACUUGCGCGAUCAUGGAAAUAGCGCAAAGAGCCGCCUCAAUCCCGAGGCCCGAGAGUUUGUAUCUCCAUCGAGAACAGCGUCUCUCAUGAAAGGACCAGUUGCCAAUCCUAGCGGUAGUGAAGCAUCAAGCAGUGGCACAAUGACUGAAUCAGCUGCCAAACAUGACCAAACAGAUGAACUGAUCCGAGAGGUCCCCAAGACCGGGCACGAUGAUGCAUGCGAGACAACUCUUCAGGAUGACAAAGCCCCAUCCGCCGUAACCAGCCAGACCCCUAAACGUCGUCGAGCCAUCUCAGAAGUGAUCCAAAAAGGAACUCCUAGAAAGGAAAAGGGGCCUGCUCAACAAGGAGAGGGAAAAAAGACUCCGGCAAAAAGUUCAAAACGAGGCAAAGGCAAGGAGAGGGCAGUGACGGUGAGUGCCAAGGCCGACAAGGCUGAGGCAAAGGUCGAAAAAGCUCAAGAGAUGCCUCAAACACCGGAGAAUCAAGGAGGGAAGGUCAAGAAGCCUGGCCUGAUUGACGAUGACUGGCCCUCACUUCCAGCCUCUCGGGAACGGGCACAGUCCAAGCCACAGACACUCUCGAUUUGGGGUGGAAAGACAAAAUCUACCCAAGAUGACGGUGGAAUCGGACAAGGAUCUCCUGUCACGAAGAACUAG